CCCGCCACCUUCUGAGUCCCACUUGUGAGAGCCUCAGCUCAGGUCCAUCCACCCUGUGAAGCCCCCACUGUCCACCAGACAGAUGCUAAAGAGUCGCAGGGUUGUUCUGGAGCAUCAAAGAACCUUAGAAGGCUGUUGGCUCUUUGAGGAGGGAGCCUUUGUGGGCUGAACUCGCCCAGCAGCCUCCAAAACCAAUGCGGCUUGAGAUGUCAGCAAGUCUUGUGAACCAACGCAAGUGCAUCUCAUGAGAGUGCGCAUUCUGAGUUGUGCUGGAGAGUGACAUGCCUGUUCUGGGCUCUGAUGUGACUGUUCGGAUCAUCUCAAGUGACACCGACUUGCUGGUGCAGAUGCCUUUUGGCUCACAGACACAAAUGUUCCUGAAAGAGGUCAGGAAAUGCCUCCACUCAGCAGCUGCCAGCAGUGACAGAGUCGAGCAGAGAGGGGAGACGGUGCCAACCAUGAAUCAGCAGUACAGUGCAGGGGGGGCCGGCACAGCUGCUUCGCCCAGGCCAAGUAAGCGCAGAAGUGAGGGGACUGGCGAGAUGGCCUGCUCCUCGAGUGUGCUGGUGCCGGACAAGACGCGGAGCCUGUGCGUUCACAUGUCUGGGCUGAGGGAGAGCAUCAUCCGGUCCCAGCUGCUGCAGAAGCAGGACUUGUACACACACCUGAAGAACUUCAGGUUUUUCGUUGGGACAUACAACGUGAACGGCCAGUCGCCCAGAGAGAGCCUCCACCCCUGGCUCAGCCAGGGUCCGGUGCCCCCCGACGUCUACUGCGUGGGGUGGACUGAGUGGCUUGCCCCCUGCCCUGAGCAAUGUGCCUUCGGCGGCCCCGAUUCAUGCUUGCUUGAUGGGUGCAGUUUUCAGGAGCUUGACCUGAGCAAGGAGGCCUUUUUCUUCAAUGACACAUCCAAAGAAGAGGAGUGGUUUAGAGCUGUGACAGAAAGCCUCCAUCCAGGGGCCAAGUAUGCCAAGGUAAAGCUUGUCCGGCUUGUCGGGAUCCUGCUGCUCCUGUAUGUGAGGACCGAGCUGGCUGGGAACGUCGCCGAGGUGGAGGCCGAGACGGUUGGCACGGGCAUCAUGGGGAGGAUGGGCAACAAGGGAGGGGUGGCCAUCCGCUUCAGGCUCCACAGCACCACCAUCUGCCUGGUGAAUGCGCACCUGGCUGCCCACAUAGAGGAGCACGAGCGGCGCAACCAGGACUUCCACGACAUCUGUGCCCGGAUGCAGUUCCGCCCGCUGGAGUCGAGUCUGCCGCCCCUCACCAUCUGCAAGCACGAUGUUGUCCUGUGGCUGGGGGACCUGAACUACAGGCUGGAGGAGAAGGACCUGGUGCUGGUGAAGAAGCUGAUUGAGGCUCGGGACUUCCACGCUCUUUAUCAGCACGACCAGCUGAAGAGCCAGAUGGAGGCAAAGCGGGCCUUUCAAGGCUUUGCAGAGGGAGAGAUUUCCUUCCCACCGACCUACAAAUACAACAUGGGCUCAGACGACUGGGAUACCAGCGAGAAGUGCCGCACCCCAGCCUGGUGUGACCGGAUCCUGUUCAAAGGGAAUAACGUCUCUCAGUUGAGCUACCGAAGCCACAUGUCCCUGAGGAACAGCGAUCACAAGCCAGUCAGUGCCGUGUUCGAGGUUGGGGUGAAGGUGGUGGAGGAGCAGCUCUACCGCCGCGUCUUUGAGGACAUCGUGCGCUCACUGGACAAGAUGGAGAAUGCCAGCAUCCCGUCUGUCACUCUCUCCAAGCGGGAGUUCCUGUUCAAGGAUGUGAAGUACAUGCAGCUUCGGGCACAGUCUUUCACCAUCCACAACGGGCCGGUCCCCUGCCAGUUCAAGCUCAUCAAUAAGCCAGAUGAAGAUUCCUACUGCAAGCCAUGGCUGACAGCCCACCCCAGCAAGGGCUUCCUGCUGCCAGAGGCUGAGGUGACCGUUGAGCUGGAACUGUUUGUGAAUAAGGCAACUGCAACAAACCUCAACUCUGGAGAGGACACCCUGGAGGACAUCUUGGUGCUGCAUCUCGACAGGGGCAAGGAUUACUUCUUGUCAGUAUCAGGGAACUACCUGCCCAGCUGCUUUGGGUCCCCCAUUCAGGCACUCAGGUACAUGAGGGGGCCCAUCCAAGAGAUGCCACCAGAAACCAUCAGAGACCUGACCCUGAUGCCACUGUGGCCAGAAGAGGAGGUCUCCUGGGGUGAAGAGCCACUGGACAUUCCCAAGGAACUGUGCAUGAUGGUAGAUCACCUCUACCGCAAUGCAUGCCAGCAGGAAGACCUUUUUCAGCAGCCAGGCCUGAGGACUGAGUUUGAACGGAUUCGGGACUGCCUAGACUCAGGGAUGCUGGACACACUUGUUGCCAGCAAUCAUUCUGUUGCUGAAGCCCUUCUCCUGUUUUUGGAGAGCCUUCCUGAGCCAGUCAUCUGCUACCAGCUGUAUGACAACAGUUUGGAGUGUGCUGAUAGCUUUGUGCUGAGCCAUCAGGUGGCCUCCAUGCUUCCCUCGAGCCAUAAGAAUGUCUUCCACUACCUAAUAGCUUUUCUGCGGGAACUGCUGCAGCAUUCUGGGAAAAACCUCUUGGACGUGAAAACACUCGCUAGUAUAUUUGGGGGCAUACUGCUGCGUCCCCCUCCUGGCCAUCCCAAGACAGGCAUUUCUGAGAAGCAGAAAGCUCAGCAGUUCAUCCAGCAAUUCCUCUUGGGAGAAGGGAGCACACCGUGAGGAUGGUGAUUGUAUAGACAUGAUGUCUGUAAAGAUUAUUUUGUACAUUCGCGGUAUUAUACAUGUUCACAGUUUUAAAAGUGUUUUUAUGUAAAGACAAGCUCAGGUGUUUUAGUUCUGCAACACAGGACAAAGAACUAUCUGCCACAGCCAUAACAGUAUUAUAAAGCCCAAUCUUCUGAUGAGUUUUUAUAUUGAACUGGGGCAAAUCUUCAAGCUUUUGACUCUUGACUUUGGUAUGCCAUCUCUUUUGAUAAAACAUGCACUAUUUUC